AUGACUCUCGAUGAUACUUCCAACGACCGAGCAAGACAGCAGUCGACUCGCCGACCGAUGAACGGACCACCCCCAAGACGCGGCGGCGAAAACCCGCCGCUUGAGAGUGGCAGCCACCGCCCUUCGCGUUCCCAGGAAGAAGCUCUUCGUGCUCGAAGGAUGCAAGGCUCUGGACCCCGAGCGCAACAGAGUUCACCGCAACGACGUGCCCCACCACGACGUCCUCGACGGAAUUCUGAGUCCUCUUUGGUCGAUUUUGAUGCGCGUCCAAUCACAGAGGAGGAGAAAAGAAUGAUCGAGGCAGCCCGACGACGCGAGUACGAACGACAGCGUCGGGGAGAGGGCAAGGAGCGCGGUGAUAGAAGCGACCGUGACCGUGACCGCGAUCGUCGGGAGCGAGGAGAUAGGGAGAAGACCAGUCGCCCGAGCAGAAAGAUGGAUAUUAUUGAUCAGCUUGAUGCCACAAGUAUUUACGGAACUGGGCUGUUCCAUCAUGAUGGGCCUUUCGACGCCCUGAACCCCCACCGAAAUCGUCAAAACGCGAGACGUGCGCCAAUGCAAGCCUUCCCCAAAGAUUCACUAAACAACUCUCUUGGAGGCGCUGGGCCGCUUAAUGCUCGAGCUGACCAUUCAAUCCUUAUGGGAAAUGCCACAGAUGAGGCUUUCAGAGAUUUUUCUGCACCUUCAAAAUCCCGUAGCAAGGAGCCGGCCAUUUUUGAUGCCUCAGGUCGAGACCAGAUUGUUCAUGGAGAUGAGUCUGUUGGCCUGGGCACCUCAACCUUCUUGGAAGGGACCCCCGCUGCGCGAAGUGCUAUUCAGCGCCACCAGGCUGAACAGGCUCAGGAGAACAUGGAGGGUGGUCUACAGCGCAAGAAGUCGCUUGCACAGCGCAUUCGCCACAUUAACAAGGGCCCCCGCGAUUAUAGUCAGUCAGGGCGCCCCAAUGGCGAAUAUUCCAGAAUCACCCCAGAUGCCUAUCCGACAGCAGCCAGCACCGGUUCAGACAACAAUCCCUUCUUUGCAGAAUUCGGUAAAGGCGAGGAAGGCUUUAGCGCAAGGCCGCGAGAUGGCUCAAUGACAUCCAACAGCCCUCCUGGAGCCCGACGUCCUUCUGCCGGAGCUGUCCUCGAGCGACGGGCGACGACUGAUGCGGCUACAACUCUGGACGAUGCCCCAGCAAAGCCCACCGGGCUCAUGGGACGAAUGAAGAGCCUAAAGGGGCGGAAGCCCCGGCCAGAGAUACCUAGCAACGGGCCCGGUGUGCCCGGAACGGCCGUUUAG